UAGACACUGUUCUAACUUCUAACACCCGAUUUUCUUCUCUUUAUCCAUUCCUUCAAACCAAAACAAAUAAAAAAAAGUCCAAACUUGGAAACCCCCAAGAAAAAUUGAACUGCAACUGCAUCCAAACAGUGCAAGAAUCUCAAGAAACCUUAUUGCUAAAACAACCGCAGUCGCCCUCAAUUUUUUUGAGCAUUCAUAUUGGUGUUCUCAAUUUUCCCAUGCAGUGCUCUUGUUGAACAAGAAUUCGUAAUCACGAGAAAGAAGCCAAGAAAUUAGGAUAAUAUUGGGUUAGGUGGUUUGGAGAAUAAUUAAUUAAGGGUAUGGUUGGAACAUGUUGUGAUUGAAAGCAGGAUCAGACUCCAGAAAGAAGAAACUUUGAGGCCUGUUUUUUGGGCCUCCCAAAAUUCUAGAGCUUUGGUCAUUGGUUACUGACAAGAAUGAAUGUGGUGGGCAAAGUUGGAAGCUUGAUAACCCAAGGUGUCUAUUCAGUUGCUACCCCUUUUCACCCCUUUGGUGGGGCUGUUGAUGUCAUUGUUGUUCAGCAGCAAGAUGGCACGUUCCGGUGCACGCCGUGGUAUGUUCGCUUUGGUAAGUUUCAAGGUGUGCUAAAAGGUGCUGAGAAGAUUGUUCGGAUAAAUGUCAACGGGAUUGAGGCAAACUUCCACAUGUAUCUUGACAAUUCAGGGGAGGCGUAUUUUGUAAAAGAGGUGGAUGAUGAUUGUGGUGAUAAAGGAAUAAAGUCAAAUGGGUCUCCUGAAGUUGCUGAUAACUCUGAAUUCAGACGAGAACAUGGUGGUGUCGAAAUUCAUGAAAAAGAUAAUAGUUAUCUGAGUAUGAAUGAUACACCUGGUUAUAGACUUGGCCAUAGCAUAUCUGAUUCAGGGGUGCCUUAUCUUUCAGGUGAAAGCCGUUCCUCAGUUUUGUCACAACUUCAAAGGGAAGAAUCUGAUGUUGAUAGGAUAUUUUAUGAAUUCCCAGAUGAUCAAUCCUCUUUUGAAGGUUCACUUGAUGUUUCUGAAUAUGAGUCUAGUCGAUAUGAGAAUCUAGAUAUAGAGAAUUUGGUGGACUCACAGGGUUCCCAGCCGGAGGUGGUCUUGGUCAGUGUUGAUGGUCAUGUACUGACGGCCCCUAUCUCAAAAUCUGAGCAGAAUGAGGACAAUGUGCAGUUAAAAACUCCUCAAUUUCAUCUAGGCCCAGGUGAAGAGACUGACUUCUAUGAAGGCAAUGGGGAAUUUAUUUCUGCUGAAAAUGCUUGGGCUGCUGAUUAUGUUAGUCAGGUGGAUGCUUCAACAGCUGAUGUUCCAGCUAAUAGUUAUGACACUAAGGUUGGUGAUGAUAGUUCUGGGCUCCUUUUGGAAGCUCAAAGAAAGGAGGUAACUAUUUGUCACACUGAGGAAGCCUUGGUGAUUAAAAAUCAUGAAGAUCAUCAUUUACAAACUGAUUCAGAAGAGGUUGUAUCUUGUAUGAAGAGACAGAGUGUCUUCAAAAGUUGUUUGGAAUUAAAUGAGUUUACUCACCACCAGGCUGGAAAUGCUGAUUCACAAGAUGUAGUUUCUUCAUUGGAGGUUCAAAAUUCAGCAGAGGAAUCUAAUGCGAAUUGUUCAAUUACGGAUGAAAAUGAACAGGAAAACAUCAAACAAUCUAGAAACAUUGAUGAGUUAUCUCCCGUUAGUGGGCCUACUUCCUUGGAUGAACGUAGUUCUCUAGAAUUAGAAGUAGAACUUCAAGAGGUUGAUAAAUAUGCACCAGUAGAAGUUGACACUGGUUCUGGCAGUCAUUCUGGUACUAAGGAUAUUAUUGAAUGUAAUGAUGAACAUGUUGGAAAGUCAGUAUCAAAUGACCUGGUAGAUGAUAGUCAACAAACCUCUGCACUUGAAGAUUCUUGUAAGAAAAGUGAACUAACUGAACCUCAAACAGCUACUUCCAAUGAGGAGGACCAAAGUCAUUCUGCUUUGAGGUUUGAGGCCUCACUUUGUGGUCAUGAACUUAAAGCGGGUAUGGGUUUGGUUGCUGCUGCCGAGGUUUUUGAAGCACACCGGAUAUCUGCAGAAGAAUUUAGAAGUUCUGCAUUAUCCAUAAUUAAGAAUGAAAAUCUUGUUCUGAAGUUCAGAGAGAGGUAUCUGCUGUGGGAAAAGGCUGCUCCUCUUGUACUUGGAAUGACUGUAUUUGGUUUAGACUUACCUGUUGAGCCCAAAGAUACAAUUCCAGUGGGACAGGAUGAUGCAGUGAAGGCCAAGAAUGAUGCUCCUGGACCAGCUUCGUCUGGACGCAGAUGGAGACUUUGGCCUAUGCCUUUUCGAAGAGUCAAGACAAUUGAUCACACUGAUAGUGUAUCAAGUGAGGAGGUAUUUGUAGAUUCUGAGUCUGAUUGGCAAACUUCUGUUGUCGAGCCAUCUCCAACAUCUGCUAGGCAUGAGUCUCCUCGCAAGCAAUUUGUGAGGACAAAUGUUCCCUCUAAUGAGAUGAUAGCAUCCUUAAAUCUCAAAGAUGGUCAAAAUUUGGUAACCUUCAGUUUCUCUUCCAGGGUUCUUGGAACGCAACAGGUUGAUGCUCAUAUAUACUUAUGGAAGUGGAAUGCAAGAAUUGUAAUUUCAGAUGUAGAUGGAACUAUUACCAAAUCUGAUGUUUUGGGGCAGUUCAUGCCUUUAGUUGGCAAAGAUUGGUCACAGUCCGGAGUGGCAAGGCUUUUCUCAGCUAUUAAAGAAAAUGGAUACCAGCUACUGUUCUUGAGCGCUCGUGCUAUUGUCCAAGCUUAUCUAACCAGGAACUUUUUGCUUAACCUGAAACAGGAUGGCAAGACCUUACCGAAUGGACCUGUUGUUAUUUCACCUGAUGGAUUAUUUCCCUCUCUUUACCGAGAAGUAAUAAGAAGGGCACCUCAUGAGUUCAAGAUUGCUUGUCUAGAGGAUAUCAGAAGACUUUUCCCUUCCGACUAUAAUCCGUUCUAUGCGGGGUUUGGCAAUAGAGACACGGAUGAACUCAGUUACAGGAAGAUAGGAAUCCCGAAGGGCAAGAUAUUUAUUAUUAAUCCUAAGGGUGAGGUGGCAAUAAGUCAUCGUAUUGAUGCAAAAUCUUACACAUCAUUACACACACUCGUCAAUGAUAUGUUCCCUCCUACUUCUUUGGUUGAACAGGAGGACUUCAACUCAUGGAAUUAUUGGAGAAUGCCUUUUUCAGACGUUGAUUAGUUCAAUGCUUAGGGUAUUUAGUUCAUUUUGACAAGGAUCCGUUGGUAUGGGACCAUCCAAGAUGUGUUAAUCGAUAUGCUAUAUGUCCUUUCUACUUGGCACAAAACUGUGACAUGAUUGGAAAGUGUCCUACUACACGGGAAUUCGAUGAUGGCAUACAAGUGCUCUCUCAUAGAAUAGAACGUUAUUCAUUCAAUGUGCUGAUGACACGCCUUUGCUUUCCUUCUUUUUGAUCUUCAUUAUAUCUUGAUUAAUGAUUACCCAUUAAUCAACCACAUUGUAUAACAUUUGGGUUACAUGUAUUAUACUAAUUUUUUACUGACCAAAUAGUGGAAGUUUGUCCAGCCCUACAUUUGUACAAUAUACUACAUUGUCAAAAAAAAAAAAAAGUUAACUCAAA